CACUGCCUUUCUUGAAUUGACAUUGGUCGGGGUCGAACAUGACUACAGAGGAGAGUUCCUUGGCUGCUGCACGUUUCACGGACCAUCUUCAAAUCCUACAGAUCACUUGAAACUUAAAAAACAGGCAAGAAAAGCAAAAAGGACCGCGAAUAUCUAACGGGAGUAACACGGAUUCUUCUUUUUUUGUGCACACUCUCUCGAGCAACCCCGUGUGCUUUUCGUGCUCUCCGUCGCAUAGUAGCCGCUGGUGAACUAUUAGCGUUCUAGUACAGUUAAAGCAACAUGUAUGUGCACGCUAUGAUCCACCUUGGAUUGGUCGCUUUCUGCUGGCUCUCUUGUGCUCGAGCUUCAGGAAGUAAAACCUCUCAAGAUGUAGAUGAGUGUGCGGAGGCGCUGGACAACUGCAGCAUCGACGCCAUCUGCCAGAACACCCUCAAGUCAUACAAAUGUAUCUGCAAGUCAGGAUACAAGGGCGACGGCAAGCACUGUGAAGAUUUAGAUGAAUGUGCCACAGAGUACAACGGAGGCUGUGUCCAUGACUGCAUCAACAUCCCGGGGAACUACAGAUGUACGUGUUAUGACGGCUUCCGUCUGGCCCACGACGGACACAACUGUCUAGAUGUGGACGAGUGUGCGGAGGGCAACGGGGGAUGCCAGCAGAUCUGCGUCAACAUGAUGGGCAGCUACGAGUGCCGCUGCCGGGAGGGAUUCUUCCUGAGCGACAACCAGCACACCUGCAUCCAGAGGCCCAAAGUGUCUCUGUGUUUCCCGGCAGAGACGUGUGCAGUGAACAAUGGCGGCUGUGACAGCACGUGUCACGACGCCGUGGCCGGGGUCCGCUGCAGCUGCCCGGUGGGAUUCACCCUGCAGCCCGACCGCAAGAGCUGCAAAGACAUCGACGAGUGCCGGCUCAACAACGGCGGCUGCGACCACGUGUGUCGCAACACGGUGGGCAGCUUCGAGUGCAGCUGCAAGAAGGGCUACAAGCUGCUGACCAACGAGAGGACCUGUCAAGACAUUGACGAAUGUUCUUUUGACAGAGCCUGCGACCAUUCCUGUGUCAACUCUGCAGGCAGCUUCCAGUGCCUGUGUCAUAAAGGCCACGUCCUCUACGGCCUGGCCCACUGCGGAGAUAUUGACGAGUGCAGUAUAAAUCGAGGGGGCUGCAAGUUCGGCUGCGUCAACACGCUUGGCGGCUACGAGUGUACCUGUCCGCCAGGAUUCAAGCUGCACUGGAACAGGAAAGACUGCAUUGAGCUGGUGAAAUGUCCCGCGGGUCUCCUGGCUCCGAAGGCGACACUGACCUGUAGCAAGGCGGGCAGGAAGGAGAGCUGUUCUCUCACCUGUUCCUCUAAGGCGCAUUACCUAGCAGAGUCAGACAGCAGCUACUCAGUAAGUUGUGGCAUCCCCAUCGUCAGAGGAAAGUCUUCUUCCAGGCUCAAUGCCAGCAACAGUCAGAGCUGCAUAGAGACUUCGGCACCGCCGGUGAAGCAGACGGCGUCCUUCAAGAUCAAGGACGCCAAGUGUCACCUCCACCCCAAGCUGACAGGCCGCACGGAGGACCGGGGCCGCACCCAGGGGCCCGGUGGCGGGCAGCCCUGCAGCAACUGUCUGGUGACCUUCGUCAACCUCAAGUGCGACUCGUCCAAGAAGACCAAGGGGCGUCGCGCCCGCAACCCCUCCAACAAGGAGGUGACCCGCAUCACCCUGGAGCUGGAGGCCGAGGUCAAGGCCGGGGACACCACAGGGAGCUGCAACCUGAGCUGCCUGCGGCAGCGCAUGGAGAAGCAGGUGAAGACAUACAUCAAGGCCCUGAAGAAGUCCAUCAACCAGGAGCGCUUCCUGAUCCGCGUGGCGGGGCUGGAGUACGAGGUGGCCCAGAAGCUGCCCCAGGCCGCCACCAGCCUGGAGAAUUGCGGGCCGGGCCGCGAGAGGGACAACGGGCGCUGUGUCAGGUGCAUGCCCGGCUCCUACUACCAGGGCGAGCAGGAGCGCUGCGUCCAGUGCCCGCCCGGGACCUUCCAGGAAAGGGAGGGCCAGCUGGCCUGUGACCUCUGCCCCGGGAGUGACGGCCACGGGCCAACCGGAGCCCGCAACAUCUCCUCCUGCGCAGGCCAGUGUCCCACGGGGUCCUUCUCCAGCGAUGGCUUCAAGCCCUGCCAGCCGUGUCCCCUGGGCAUGUACCAGCCGGACCUGGGCCGCACGCUGUGCUUCCCCUGCGGAGGGGGCCUGGGCACCAAGAGGGAGGGCGCCAGCUCCUUCCACGACUGUGAGGUCAAAGUCCAGUGCUCCCCCGGCCACUACUACAACACCACGGUGCACCGCUGCAUCCGCUGCCCUCAGGGGACCUACCAGACGGAGUUCAGGCAGAACUACUGCAUCUCCUGCCCCGGCAACACCACCACGGACUUCGACGGAGCCACCAGCGUCUCGCAGUGCAAGAACAGAGAAUGCGGUGGAGAGAUGGGUGACUUCACAGGCUACAUCGAGUCCCCCAACUACCCGGGGAACUACCCGGCCAACGUGGAGUGUGUGUGGAACAUCAACCCCCCCAGCAAGAGGAAGAUCCUCAUCGUGGUGCCCGAGAUCUUCCUGCCCUCCGAGGAUGAAUGCGGAGACGUGCUGGUCAUGAGGAAGAACUGGUCGGCCACGUCCAUCACCACCUACGAGACGUGCCAGACGUACGAGCGGCCCAUCGCCUUCACCGCCCGCUCCCGCCGGCUCUGGAUCAGCUUCAAGUCCAACGAGGCCAACAGCGCGCGGGGCUUCCAGAUCCCCUACGUCACCUACGACGAGGACUAUGAGCAGCUGGUGGAGGACAUCGUGAGGGACGGGAGGCUCUACGCCUCGGAGAACCACCAGGAGAUCCUCAAGGAUAAAAAGCUGAUUAAGACUCUUUUCGACGUGCUGGCUCACCCCAACAACUACUUCAAGUACACCCCCCGGGAGUCCAACGAGAUGCUGCCUCGCUCCUUCAUCCGCCUCAUCAGCAGCAAAGUCUCCGCCUUCCUGCGACCAUACAACUGA